AUGUCUGCCUGGAUGACGGUUCUCGACACCGCGGUGAAGGUGGUCACCGUGGUGGCCUACUUCUUCACCUCGGUGCAUUUGGGGGCGAAGUUUGUCCGGUGGUGGGGCAAGGGGAAGAAGGACAAGAAGGAGACCGACGAGUCUGAAAUGAUGGAGAUGGGGCUUGUGCCCAGAGGGCGGUUUGGGGACCACAUGAAAAUGCAGGCGGAGGCGGCUUGGAUGGAGGAGUUUGGCCCUGUGCUGGAGGAGGCGAGGGUAGUGGCCCGGAUGGCAAUCCAGGCCGAGGUGACGGGUCUGGAGGGCAAGCUCAAUGCCCAAGAAGAGCUACAACGAGAGAGGAGACUUCUCUUCUCAAAUCUGGAGGACAAGGUGACUCGGCUUGAGCAGAUUGGCCUCCUUGGCCGACUUCAAGCACUCGAGCGCGACGUUCCCGUCGAUCUCUCCCGUCGGCUCACUGUUCUCGAGGGGACACUACCCUCCGUCACUCAUCGCCAUGGCUAG